AUGGAAACGGCGUGUUUCCCGGGAGCGGAUAGACAAGGAGGCGAGUUCGGGAUGACAAGGAGUGAAAGCACGCCAUGGCGGCUGACGGCUCUCGUCUGCAAGCAGGUCUGGGGGCGCAUGAAACAAAUCGACGCCAGCAAUGGUCAGGUGUUUGCAGUAGAUUUCGAGGGCAACGUGUACACCAGAAUGGCUGAAUCCUGGGCCAGAGUGCCAGGGAAUCUUAACCACGUCACUGUGGGUGCGGCUGGAGUCUGGGGAGUUAGCAAGGACCAAAAAUUUUAUCGAUUGGUUGACGGAUCCUGGGCUGUAUUGGCAGGACUGCUGAUGCAAGUCGACGCUGGUGGGGAUCAGAUUGUGGCCGGGGUUGACAGAAGCAACAAUAUAUUUUGUUCCAACAAGAAUGCCACAGUCGCAGCAGCCAGCUUUUCCACCCCAGCUUACAGUCAAAUCCACGGCAAGAUGAAGUAUUACUCCUGUGGACCCCAGACUUGCUGGGGCGUCAACGCUAGGGGCUACAUCUACUGCCGAUUGCACGUCCACCCAAAGGCCUGCAUUGGAUUGCAUUGGCGGAGGGUAUCUGGCAGAUUCUUGAUGGUUGAGGUUGGAACGGAUGGCACUGUCUAUGGAAUAGGACACACUGGGAUGAUCUUUCGCAGAUGGGGUGAGUUCAAUUCCUCAGCCCUGCCGAAGUUGGAUUUGAAUUCACGUUCUCUGGACGACUGGCUCAGGACUCAGAGUUGGGAUCUCUACAACGAAACCCGAAGGGACGAAAUGGGUCCUCCUUCACUUCUUGGGCAGGAGGUUCCGGCACGUUUCGGCCGAUCUCGGAACUCUCUGGCUGAUCGAGACCAAGGGUACCAUCAUUCGUUGCCACUGAAGUCGUGA